AUGUAUGGCCCGAAUACAAGUAAGCACCCGUCUGGUAACGACCUGAUCAACCGAUCCUCUGGUAGUUCUGCGACCCCCCGGGAGGUCCAUACAUUACUUUCCGGUGAUGCAACCACCCUUCCAUCCGCGCGUGAAUUAAUAUCCGGCAACGGGCCCAACUCCCCUCUCCCAAGCGACAAAGCAAUCAAUCAACCGCCUCCCGACGAAGCGCCCGCCAGGGAUGAUCAUAUUGCCUCAGAUGACACAGCACAGGGACAUCCGAUUGUCCAGUCUUUCGUCAGUAACACAGAUGCCCCGCUUCCUUGCCCGAGUGAUCAGUCGGGCACCCAACAAGCAGGCAACAAUGCAUAUACUCAACCAUCUACCAAUGAGGUGGACCUCAACCAGGCUCAUGGAGUGUCGGAUCGCAUAGAAAACCAGCAGAAUAUCGACCCCUCCAUCAAUGAAGCAAGCACCACACUCCCAAGUGACACGAGAAGCGUGCCACCUCUUAAGGAGACGACAGCUUUAAGCACCAGUUAUCUGAUCAGUCCCAUGGGGACCCAUUUUGCCUUGCGUAGCCCUCGCAUACCGAACUACGUUAAGGGCGACCAAGGUGCUCCACCAAUCGCAGUGAACCAAUGCGAUCCAAGUACGACGUAUGACAGGCCCUAUACCAUUUGGGAUCAUUACAACGUAAGGGCGACGAAGGUAGAUGCAGAUCUCAUCAAGGACGCAAAUGAUACAGCACAGCUUCUCCUUACCUUUGCUGGUCUCCUCUCAGCUGCUCUCGCGGCUUUCAUCGCCAUCGCUUUUGCAAAACUAUCCCCGGAUCCUAACGAAACCCUCCUGGCCGUCCUCACAACCUUGAAAAACGACAGCAUUUCAAUGCCAAAUAUCCAAAAAUCGCCAUCAUACGGUGCCCGAGUCAAUGCAUUUCUCUUUGGUGCCAUCAGCGUCGCCAUGGUUGUUGCCGUACUCUGCAUUUUCGUUAAUCAAUGGGCUCGUAGCUAUCAAGAGAGAUUGCAACGCACUUCUCCUCUCCACAUCAUCAAGCUCGGGUCCGCUACUUCCUCCAUCGUGGCGUAG